UGUGGACGCCACAGCUCCUAGGGGGCUGACAAUCUGGCCAGAGAAGGAACAGGAUCACAUUCCUGUCAGGACCCCCACCCCUCCAAGAAACAUGAACCGGAAAGACAGCAAAAGGAAGUCUCAUCAGGAAUGCUCUGGGAAGGCAGGAGGACGAGGUCGGCCACGACAGGCCCGCCGCCACAAGACGUGCCCUACCCCCCGGGAAAUCAUCAAGGUUAUGGCGUCCAUGAAUCUGGGGGUGCUGAAUGAAGGCAGCUGCAGUGAAGAGGAGCUACUGGAGAAAUGUAUCCAGUGCUUCGACUCAGCUGGCAGCCUACGCCGUGGAGACCACAUUCUCAAGAUGGUGCUUAUGAUGCACAGCUGGGUGCUGCCAUCCUCAGACUUCGCUGCCCGGCUGCUGACCUCGUACCAGAAGGCUGCCAAAGAUGCACAGGAGCUAAGACAGCUGCAGAUCUGUUACCUGGUCAGGUACUGGCUGACCCAUCACCCUGAGGCAGUGCACCAGGAGCCCCAUCUGGAGGAAGUCAUAGGUCGGUUUUGGGCCACUGUAGCUCAGGAGGGCAACUUGGCCCAAAGGAGCCUAGGAGAUGCCUCCAACCUACUGAGUCCCGGAGGACCUGGCCCCCCACCUCUCAUGAGCAGCCCAGGCCUGGGCAAGAAGCGCAAAGUCUCCUUGCUGUUCGAUCACCUGGAGUCAGAGGAGCUGGCUCAACACCUCACUUACCUCGAGUUCCGGUCCUUCCAGGCCAUCACGCCCCAAGACCUGCGGGGCUAUGUCUUGCAGGGCUCAGUGAGGGGUUGUCCCGCUCUGGAAGGUUCUGUGGGUCUGAGCAACAGUGUGUCCCGCUGGGUGCAGGUCAUGGUGCUAAGCCGUCCUGGGCCUGCACAACGUGCCCAGGUACUGGACAAAUUUAUUCAUGUGGCGAAGAGGCUUCGCCAGCUACAGAAUUUCAACACACUGAUGGCAGUCACUGGGGGCCUGUGUCAUAGUUCCAUCUCCAGGCUCAAGGACUCCCACACCCACCUGACCCCCGACAGCACUAAGGCCCUUCUGGAGCUGACGGAACUCCUCGCCUCGCACAACAACUAUGCCUGCUACCGCCGCAUCUGGGCCAGCUGUACUGGCUUCCGGCUGCCGGUGCUGGGUGUACACCUCAAGGACCUGGUGUCCCUGUAUGAGGCCCAUCCAGACAGAUUGCCAGAUGGUCGCCUGCACCUACCCAAGCUCAACAGUCUCUACCUACGGCUGCAGGAGCUGGCAGCACUCCAAGAACAGCAUCCCCCCUGCAGCGCCAACGAGGACCUGUUACAUCUGCUGACGCUCUCCCUGGAUCUCUUCUACACAGAAGAUGAGAUCUACGAGCUUUCUUAUGCCCGGGAACCACGUUGUUCCAAGAGCCUGCCACCCUCUCCCUACAAAGCACCUCUGGUGUUGGAGUGGGCCCAUGGUGUGACACCAAAGCCAGACAGUGUGACCCUGGGUCAGCAUGUGGAACAGCUAGUGGCGUCUGUGUUCAAGAACUACGACCCAGAAGGCCAUGGCACCAUCUCUCUGGAGGACUUUGAGCGACUGGCAGGCAACUUUCCCUUUGCCUGCCAUGGGCUUCACCCACCUCCCCGGCACGGGAGUGGCUCCUUCAGCAGAGAGGAGCUGACGGAGUACCUGCUCCGUGCCAGCGCCAUCUGCUCCAAGCUGGGCCUGGCCUUCCUGCACACCUUCCAUGAGGUCACCUUCCGCAAGCCCGCCUUCUGUCACAGCUGCAGUGGCUUUCUCUGGGGUGUCACCAAGCAAGGUUAUCGUUGUCGGGACUGCGGGCUGUGUUGUCACAGACACUUGCAAGCAUCUCUCUCGAGUGAUCUGCAAGGCUGCCUGUCUCUGCUUAGCUGA